ACUAUUUUGAAUGUUUUCCUGUACUUUGCGCUGCUGAUAGAAGACAAACAGCAGUUGGUUUUGCUGAAUUACUUCAGUCUUAUUUAGUUUUUAUAUAAUAGUGGCCUCAGCUCUCUUAGCUUGGCUCUGGCGACAGUUUUUAACCCGUGGCUAGCGUUGUGAAAGCUCGUUAUUAGCAUCUUAAAGCUAACGCUAACCUGCUGAAGUUACCUCAGACAUUUCCUGUUUUUUCUCUGAAUGUAUUUUUAACAGACAGAAGCUGAAUUCACAGCUUAUUCUGAGAAACCGAAAUAAAUGAAAGGCGUCAUACUCGAGGCAAGUGGCUAAAUCUUUCUUAAAGUAAUGUACCUGUGGAUCUGAACCGAUGGAAGUGAAGCUAAGCUAAGAGCUAACAUUUUGUCAUUUUUAAAAAUGAAUUCAAACCUUCACUACACAUUUAGAGGUUAGUGCGAUGCUGGCUUUCAGUGCAUGAGGUCUCGGUGUUGUGUUGGGAGGGGAAGAGGUGAUGUCUGAGGUCAGGGUUGACCUGAAUGAGCCGGAGACAGAAGCUGAUGGAGACCAGACUGGAUCUUCUCCUGACCAGAGCAGUGAAGCUUCCAGACUCAACCUGCAGGGGCUGCUUCCUGCUUCCUCUGCAGAUGUUAGUCCUUCGCCUUCUGCUGAGCCGAGCGGCUUGCUGUCGUUGCCGUGGGAGAUCUUAACCCACAUCGCCUCACACCUCCCAGCUCAGUGUGUCAUCACUGUGCUGCCAAAGGUCUGUCAUGCACUCAGUGAUGUGGGUAAUGACAGCACCGCCUGUCAGCUCCGGGCUCAGAGACUCAUCGGACCAAGAGCCUCCUUCCCAGUGGGACCAAGGCAGGGCUUUGAUUGGCCGACUGCUUGCCUGGAGUUAGAGCAGCUGAUAACCUGCUGGACUCGAGAAGCAGAUCGUGUAGCUAAACAGAAGCGAGAAGGUGAGGAGGAGCAGGAGGAAGCGAGGCGGCAGCAGAGGGGAGGAAGAGAUGCUGGAGCAGUUGCAGGAGGACAGGAAGACGACGGAGAGGAUGAGGUGGAAGGGGUGGGAGUUCCAGCGCAGGAGGUGGCUUAUGGUGUUGAUGAAGAGAUGGAGAUGGCAAUAGAAGGUGAGGACGGGGAAAUACAGCCAGUCCAAGGCGAGGACCAACUAGCAAGACUGAGAGAAGAGUUGGAAGACAGACUGGAGGAUGACGCAGCAGCACUAAUGGAUGGAGAACAAAGGGACCCCAGGAGGGUUUUCCCGGCUGAUGAGCUGCAAGAAGCAAUUCUUAAUCACCAGCAGGACCUGGGAGAACCUGGGAAUCUGGGUAACGGAGGACAGAUAGAGGUGAUGCAGCAUCAGUCCCCCAGAAGCCCCAGCCCUCCCCCAGCACUUGAGUGCAUCACGCUACCUUCAGCCCACAUCGCCCAGACCAACUCGGUCCUGUUCCUGGGAGGGGAGGGGAAGGUGUGCGCCACCGCGUCCAGAGACUGGAACGUGAAGCUGUGGGAUCUGCAGGCAGGAACUAACGGAGCGCUCCUGUACACGCUGGGAGGGCAGGGGAACUUCAGCACCCAUCGGGGCUGGGUCUGGUGCCUGGCGUCCCGGGGGCCCCUGCUGGCCUCGGGGGGCUUCGACAGCACCGUGAGGCUGUGGGACCUCCAGGCCGGCGGUGCAGAGAGAGGCCUGAUCCGAGCUGGAGCUGCUGUCCUCUGCUUGUCCUGUCAGUCGGACGUGUUACUGGCUGGAACCUUCGACAAGAGGGUCAGCAUGUAUGACCCCAGAGCUCCUGAGCCACUGAUUAAAAGCCUCCGUCUCCAUGGUAACGCUGUGAUGUGCCUUGCAGCGGAUGACAAAUACAUCAUCUCUGGGAGUCAAGACUCCACCGUGGCCGUGUACGACCGCAGGGCAGGCAGAGGCUUGAAGAAACUCCGGCUGAGCUCCUACCUGAUGUCCAUGAGCUACAGCGGCAGUGAAAUCUGGGGCGGAGACAGCAGCGGGAUGCUCCACUCCUUCUCCAUGCAGGCGGGAACCUUCAAGCCCCUGUCCCAGUUUGACGUGGGACACACAGCUCUGAUCACCGGCAUACAGAAGACCCCCGGAAGCCUCUACACCUGCUCAUCCGAUUGGACCAUCAAGGUUCACAUUCCCUGUUCGCCUCCGAGGACGUUGUGCACCCUGCAGUACCAAGCUGCCGUUCACGGGCUGAGCGUGGAGGCUGGAGUCCUCGCCGUGGCCUCGGGUUGUGGAAGUGUGGAAAUCUGGAGGCCCAGGAAAUAAAAAUGGGAAAAACCUGAAGACUACGCGACAACACCUGAAGCAUCUCGACACCUGCUGACCUCACUGAUUAAAAUAAAAACCUGAUUAAAGCUGCAACAGCGUUGGUCAAAUCCUCGCAUCCAAACAUGUCCACCAGGUGGCGCUGCAACGGAGAGUGUGUUUCGGCUUGUCUGUAUGUAUGUUUCUGGUGAAGAUGGGACUGUGAUCAUACAUGUAAAGUUUGAGGCAGAUUGGAGCAUGCACAGGCCAGUUAUGCAUCACUUCCUGUUUCAUGGUGGAACGUCAAAAUUCUGCCGGCCGCCAUUUUAACACCGUCAGACAUUUGUGGAUCGUUUUGAUAACUUUUGAUCACCCAUGCCUGGUGGACAUCCUGGCCAAAUUUAAGCUGUCGGGGGUUACUCUGUGUGAGUUUACAGCUUUUGAAAAUGUCCAAAAAUUACCCAAAACCGUCCAAAAUAUGACACAUAAUUCAACAUGGCCGACUUCCUGUUGGGUUUUGGGCAUGGGUGUCCAUGUCAGACCCUAAAAAUGAACAUCUCUGUUGUCCUGCAGGCUGGCCGGCCACAUUGAGAGAGGUAGAAGAGGUAACAUAAAGGUUUUGAACUGAAAAUGUUGCUUCCAGUUGUUUAAUUCAAUGCUACUAUUUAGUUUUCUUCUGUUGAAAUUGUGACAGUGAGACAUUUGUUUCCCAAACCCUCUGAAAGCUGUUUAUUUAUACACAACCAUCACAUCUACUCAACAUCAUCUCAUUUGUAUGUCUGAAUAUACCUCGUGUGCAUUAGCUCUUACAAUAUUUAUAGUGUGGAUACCUCUGUAAUCCUGAAUCUAUCAAUCAUUUACUUGACAGAAAAAACACUGAAAGACAGUUUCCAUGGAAGAUGCAUUAAAUGUAGUGAAACUCUA